CGCGGAGGAAGAGGAGGAGGAGGAGGAAGGAGCGCGGUGCCCGGCGGCGCGUGGCGGCGGCAGCUGCAGCGAGGAGGAGUCGGGGCGGUGCGGGAGAUCCAGUAGGCACAGUCUUCAGACAUGUUUGCAGACAAUGCCGAUAUGUUCAGUUCUGCUGGAGGUGGCCUUUUUGUAAAUGGCCUCUCCCUGAUCCAGGGAAAGCCAGAGGUAUUGCCACGGACAGCACUGUAAAGGCUCUGCACCAAAAGCCGGUGAGUGGAAUUGACACCUGCUUCUGCCCUUUGCAUAUAACCUUAGCUAAGAAGUUACAUAUGGGGAUGAAGCAUUGGAUAGGAAAUGAUUUACCCAAGCAUUGGGAAUGAACAGCUUCAGCCUAGUUGAGCUCCAGCACUACUCAGAAUUGUCUUCUUAUUGCUUACAAAAUGAAAGCCAUCCUACAUGGUCGAGACACCACAGUUCUAGGGGAGUCCUGUGAAUAUUUAGGGUGUUUGUUCCUCAGUCUCUCAGCUGCCAGGUACUUCACAAAAAUAUACAGGCUUUAGAAGGACGAGCUGCUCCUCUACACAUAACAAAAGAUAAUUCUUGCCCAACUUAAAUGUCUUUUGAGUGCAGCCAUACACGGGAAUCCGACCUUCAAAGGUGAAAGAUUUGAAUGGUGAUAUCAGUUCUGCAAUCAAAAUUGAGAUUUAAUGAUAUCUGCAGCUAUCAGUCCUGCUAGUUUAUAUCACACCUGCUGGUACCGGUUGGUUCCGUUAACACAUUUCCACUGCCUUGAGUGAGCCUGCUGUUGGAACUGUUUAUUAUAUUGCCACAUAGUGCUUAUUAAUGCAACACUGCUGUUCUCUAGAUUCAGCAAAGGUGUCAGAAUGAUUCCAUUUUCAUUAAUAUGUUAUUUGUGAGUUUUGAUACUUUAAACCCCAAAACUAUGCAGAUACAACACCACUUUUUUUCACGGUGCUGACUGGCAUGGAUUCAUCGUCAAAUCAGCCUUCAGAGUUAUACCCCCCCCUGCAGGCAGUACCAGUUGGUCAUUAAUAGGAGUUAACAUACAGCUAAUUAUCAAUUCCCACCUUUGCAGGAACGGGAGCUCCCAAUACAAUAAUUACUGACAGCUGCUAUAAGAGCCCUGAAGAUUUUGUGAAAGCUGAACUGUUUGCCAAACACAGAAAUGGUGUACAGUUCAAAGUGUGCCUGAUAUUUAAUGUUUUAGAGAGCUGAGAUGUGUCACCCUGACUCCGUGUGUUAACGCUGUAAGAACAGAACUGAUGCAGUCCAUUUUUUUUUUCCAAGCACGAUGCUGCAUUUUCUUUCCAUCUGAAGCUUCAAAAUACCUGCAAAUGUCUGUACUAAUAAAACCUGUAAAAGUUGUAAGCUCCAUCCUGUACUUAAGUGGCGGGGAAAAUGAUGAUGACUCUGACCAGAACUGGAAACCACCAGAAAAUGACCUGAUCCAGAAGUUGAUUGCACAGAUUGAAUAUUAUUUCUCAGAUGAGAACCUUGAGAAAGACGCCUUCCUUCUAAAGCACGUGAGAAGAAAUAAGAUGGGCUACGUCAGUGUCAAACUCCUCACUUCUUUUAAGAAAGUGAAACACCUUACCCGUGACUGGAGAACCACGGCCCACGCACUGAAGUACUCAGACAUGCUUGAGCUCAACGACGAUAACAGAAAGGUUAGAAGAAAUACACCAGUUCCAGUGUUUCCAAGUGAAAACCUCCCUACCAGGAUGUUACUUGUGUAUGAUAUCCACAUGAUUUCUGAACUGCAGGUUCUUAACAAACAAGAAAAUGGAUGUGUACAAGAAAAAGUAAUGGAGUAUCUCCUCAAAGCUUUUGUAAAUUUUGGUGUAAUUUCAUCAGUUCGUAUUCUCAAGCCUGGUAGGGAUCUGCCCCCUGAUAUCAGGAGGUUCAGCAGUCGGUAUACGCAAAUGGGAACACAGGAAUGUGCAAUUGUAGAAUUUGAAGAAGUAGAUGCUGCUGUGCAGGCUCAUGAAUUCAUGUGUGCUGAAAAGAAAGAGACUGGCAUGAAAGUUGUCCUCAUCGGCACGAAACCUCCAAAGAAGAAAGUCCCUAAAGACAAGAACCGUGAUGAAGAUAACAACAAGAGUCUGAAGAAAGUUAGAUCCCUUAACAAGAGAGUUGAGGAACUUCAGUUUACUGGUGACGAAUCAUCAGCAAAUAGCUCUUCUGAGCCAGAGAGUAAUCCUACAUCACCACUCUCAGGACGCAGAAAUACUGUGACAAGUACUACAAGCAAGUUGAGUCCCGUCGUGCACCCAAACAACCAUCUGAGUCCUAACGUAUCACCCAGAUCAAGUCCUUGGAACAGUCCAUCCUCUCUAAGGAAAGUGACCAAAAAGUCUCCACUGGCUGAAGACAGCAAACUCAACCUGAGCACUAGUCCUGAAAUUCCAAGAAAAUGCACAGAUUAUUCCUCAGACAGCAGCAUUACACCGUCUGGUAGUCCUUGGGUACAGAGAAGAAAAGCUCAGACUACAACACAAGAGAAGAGUCCGGUCAGUAGCCCCAUGCUAGCUCGGAAAAUACAAAAUGCAGAUGGUCUACCCGUAGGGGUGCUGCGGCUGCCCAGAGGUCCUGAUGGCACUAAAGGAUUCCACAGUGGCUGUGAAAGAAGGAAAGCCAUGAAGAAUGAAUAAAUCCUUCCUUAAAAAUAAUAUCACCAUUUAGUCAAGUUCUUUUCUUCAGACCUGGUGAAAGACUGUCACUUUAAGUGACUGAGUUGAGUCAGUAUUUAAUUUCUAAACAUUUUAUAUUCACACUGAGACUUUAUCAUUUGUAUAUUUGUAUUUUCACUUCAUAGAAUCACAGGAUAGUUACGAUUGGAAGGCAUCGCUGUUUGAGCAGGGUCAGCCGCACCAGGUCACUGAGCACCACGCUUGGGUUCUGUGCAUCUGCAAGUUCUCUGGGUAACCCAACCCCGGCAUUCAAACACACACACAAUAAAAAAAAAUUGUUUCCAUAUGUUCAGAUAGAAUUUCCUGUGUUCAGUUUGUGCCCCUUUUCUUUUUACUAUGUAACACUGGGGAGAGCCAGGCUACAUCUUCAUUCAUACUAAAAUACAUUGUUGAGAUCUCCCUGAGCCUUUCCCAGUCUGAACAGCUUCAUCUCUCUCAUCCUCUCCCAUGAGAUGCUCCAGUACUUCAGCCAUUUACACACUUACCUACUGCAGUUCCCUUAUCUGCAUUUUUCAUGUGUUCGCUUGAAAUGCCUGAACACUGAAGCACCAUCUGGGAUCAUUAACACAAUGACACUAUUUGCAAACCUGAAAAGCAGUUUGCCAAUGUUUACUGCUCAGCAGUUGUAUUACAAUAAGCUUGGUAUGAAUUCCUCUUAAAUCCUAACAAAUGUAAGUUUUGAAGACCUUCUGGGUUUGUCUCUAACUGAGCAAUGUACUCCAGUGAGCAGCUGCUCCCUGCUUGUCCAAACCUCCCAAGUCACUUGUUUAACAGGACCAAAGCGCUUGCUUUCCCGUGAUGUGAAAACUCCAAGCAUUGAAGGCUGUUUUGUAAGUUUUAUCUCGUGUAAUCAGAUGGAAAUAAACGGAAUAUUAACUUGGUCUAAAUCUGCUGCUUUUUCACUUCAAAUGUAAGAGAUUCUAGAAAUAGUUGCUCAGAACUCACAGUUCAUUCAGUAACGCGCCCUCUUCCCCCUGCUUCUAAUUUCAGGGGUAGAACUCUGUGCUGUAAAUAACUGCAGUAACACGUUGCCAGGACUGACUGGCAGAGAUCACCAGUUCUGUGCAUCAUUGUUCAGCUGCCCACAUGUAUUUUUCUAAUAUUUUCCUUUGACUUCACACAAAUGGAAUCCCCCAAGUUGACUCCUGACUUUGAUUACUGGCAAAAGCAUUGUAAAAUACAUAAUAUAUGUUAAAAUAUACAUAUAUAUUAUUAAAAAUUAUGUGGUA